CCUCUUGUCAACAUCAAUCUUGCUCUUGUCCUCAUCGCCGCUACUCUCCACUCUCUACUCCACUGGCCCCAACGAGCCCCACACUCUGCACGCACGUUCGCAUACACGCCCCACACUUCCGCACCCACUUCAUUUAUCUGCGACAUCUCCAUUCUCUCCCCGCCCAAGCCGCCGCCACUCAACACCGCCCCAGCCGAGAUAACCAUCGCCCUCCUCCCUCCCUUCCAUGCCUCAUUCACCAACGCCCCAUACCGCCCUCGCCGCCUCGCUCGUCGCUUUCGCUGCGCCCGCCGACCUUCCGGCCCUGCGAGCCGUCUCCCGCACCUUCCGGGAGGCGGCUGAUAAGCGAAUUUUCGCCCACGUGCUCCUUCUCGAGCUCGACGGCGAUAUCGAGGUCCGCGACGCCCAGGGCCGCCGCCUCCCCGGCGUCCACUGGGAACUGAAGGUCACCCCCGAGGAACGCGAUGUGUGGAUUAGCAGGCUCAAGCACGCCCGCGUGGUGGACUACUACGACGACGUGGACCUCUCAAAGGACCCCGUCCUCGCCGCCGCCCUCUCGAAUGCGUGCACGGCGCGGCGUCUGCGCGGAGGCCGCGGGCUGGCACCGCACACACUGCUCGACACGCUGCAGCUUGGGUACGAUGAUGCGCAGGGAGACGGGUACGACUCGGACGACGAUACGCCGGCGGGCAGCAUCGAGCACGUUCCGCCCACCGUCCGCGAUCUUACCGUCUGCGUGCGCUUCGAUGCGCAGCACCACCGCCUAUCGGAGGCGGGUUAUACUCUCUCCCUACCUCCUCUCGACUCCCUUACUGUUGUGUUUGCAGAGGAGCUGUUUUCGCGCAUCCCGAGCCGCUGCUGGAGCCGUGGUUCAUGCUGGUCACCCCGCCGCACAAGCCUGCAGAAUUCGCCCCACCCCCUGCCACGAUGGGGCUUCCUCCGCCCUCUUGUGCGCCAGCUCGCCGCCGUGCGCUCGCCAAUAACACUUGUUGGCCUGGAGAGCAUCCCCCGCGCUCUCGUAGGCCUCCCUGUCAACAUGGGCGUUGAAGACGUGCGACGUGACUUUGCCGACUCGGUUCUCGUGCACGUGCCCCCCGCCGCCCAGGAACCCGCCCUCUCCUUCCUCACGAUGGACGAGUACCGCGCAUGCGUGGGAGACGAGGCGUUUGCCCUCGCCACCUCGCGGCCUGGGCCGCCUCCGAGCCUGCCCUCGACCUCGGACCUCAGUGACGAUGAGGAAUGGGAGGAGCAGCGCAUGAGCAAAACUCAGCGGAACGAGUGGGAGAAGCUCGUGCGCACCGCUGCACGCUCUCUCAUCCGCAGCUGCCUCUUGUACUAGACAGGCAAUUCAGAAAACAGGCCGAGGAAAAUCCGCCUCGCCACCAAUGUUCACUCGCACCGCUAUUGGCACCUCUCACAUCGCACGGUCAUAUCGCCGCCUCGUUCUCCUGUAGCAUUGCUUUUCGAUGUACCAUACUGUGCUCCCCUC